GAAGGGGCGCGGAGCUCGCCAAGCAGAGCCGGCUGCCAUGGCGCUGGUGGGGUGUGAGAUCUGGGGCUCCAGACGACAUGUCCACCUCCUCUUGCUGCUGCUGCUGCUGCUGCUGCCGCCCUGGGUUCCGGCUGGGCUGGUUCCUUCAGAGAUCCCAAGUGCCUGUGCCUCAGACCCAUGCACUCCAGGGACCAAGUGCCAGGCUACAGAGAAUGGUGGCUAUACCUGUGAGCCUGCAGAGCUUGGAGGCUGUGCUACUCAGCCAUGCUACCACGGAGCACUGUGUGUGCCCCAUGGCCCAGAUCCUAGCAGCUUCCGCUGCUACUGUGUGCCUGGCUUCCAGGGUCCUUACUGUGAACUGGACAUCGAUGAGUGUGCAUCCCGGCCCUGCCACCACGGGGCCACCUGCCGCAACCUGGCAGAUCACUACGAGUGCCACUGCCCCCUGGGCUAUGCAGGCGUGACCUGUGAGGCGGAGGUGGACGAGUGCUCAUCAGCGCCCUGCCUGCACGGAGGCUCGUGCCUGGACGGCAUGGGCUCUUACCGCUGCGUGUGCGCGCCGGGUUACGCAGGCGCUAGCUGCCAGCUGGACGUGGACGAGUGCCAGAGCCAGCCGUGUGCGCACGGGGGCGUGUGCCACGACCUGGUCAAUGGUUUCCGGUGCGACUGCGGGGACACGGGCUACGAAGGAGAGCGCUGCGAUCAGGAGGUGCUGGAGUGCUUCUCUGCGCCCUGCGCACACAACGCGUCCUGCCUAGAUGGCCUCCGGAGCUUCCGCUGCCUCUGCUGGCCAGGCUUCAGCGGAGAGCUGUGCGAAGUGGAUGAGGAUGAGUGCGCCUCAAAUCCUUGUCAUAACGGGGGACGGUGCUUGCAGCGCUCGGACCCAGCCUUGUAUGGGGGUGUCCAGGCCACCUUCCCAGGAGCCUUCAGCUUCAGUCAGGCUGCUGGCUUCCUUUGCAUCUGUCCUCUGGGCUUUGCCGGGGAUGAUUGCAGCGUGGAUGUGGAUGAAUGCGCCUCAGGACCAUGCCUCAAUGGUGGCAGCUGCCAGGACCUGCCCAACGGUUUCCAGUGCUACUGCCUGGAUGGAUACACAGGCCUGAUGUGUCAGGAAGACGUGGAUGAAUGCCAGUCGCAACCAUGCCUGCAUGGUGGAACCUGCAGCGACGUUGUAGCAGGCUAUAUCUGCCAGUGCCCUGAGGCCUGGGGCGGACAUGACUGUUCUACACAGCUCACAGGCUGCCAGGGCCGCACUUGCCCACCUCCUGCUACCUGCAUCCCCACCUUCAAGUCUGGGCUCCACAGUUAUGUCUGCCACUGCCCACCUGGGACCUACGGGCCUUUCUGUGGCCAGAAUACCACCUUCUCGAUCAUUUCUGGGAGUUCUGUGUGGGCAUUAGUGCCAGCCAGUGACUCUCUGAGUCUGGUACUGAGGUUUCGAACUACGCUGCUUGCUGGGGCUCUGGCCACUCUCAAGGACACUCAGGACAUCUUGGAGCUGGUACUGGUGAGGGCCACACUCCGAGUCACACUCUGGAGACACGGUACUGCUCUGCUUGUCCUUGCACUGCCAGGCCUGGCCUUAAAUGACGGCCACUGGCACCAGGUGGAGGUGGCACUCCGCCUGGGAGCCCUGGAGCUGCGGCUCUGGCAUGAGGGCUGCCUUGGCCAGUUCUGUGUGACCUCUGGUCCUGUAGCUACAGGUCCCACAACCACAUUGGCCUCUGGGCCUCCUGGGCCCUACUCCAUCCAUCUGGGUGGCUGGUCCUUUGCAGGUUGUUUCCAGGAUGUACGUGUGGAAGGGCACCUUCUGCUGCCUGAGGAGCUCAACGGAAAUGUGCUCCUAGGUUGCAAGCGCAGGGAACUAUGCCAGUCUCUGCCCUGUGCCAAUGGAGGGACCUGCGUGGACUUGUGGACUCACUUUCGCUGCGACUGCCCAAGACCUUACCAUGGGCCCACAUGCACUGAUGAGGUUCCUGCUGCCACCUUUGGCUUGGGCGGCACCAUGAGUUCAGUCUCCUUCCUGCUCCACGAGCCGCUAGGCCCAAACCUCACUGUGUCAUUUUUCCUCCGCACCCGAGAGCCUGCUGGUCUGCUUCUCCAGUUUGUCAAUGGUUCAGCGGCUAGCCUAACUGUGUCCCUGAGUGAGGGCCAGAUCCGAACUGAGGUGCUGGGCCAGCCUGCUGUGAUCCUCUCUGGUCGCUGGGAUGAUGGACUCCGCCACUUGGUGAUGCUCAGUUUUGGUCCUGACCAGUUACAGGACCUGGGCAAACAGCUGUAUGUGGGUGGAAGGCCCUACCCUGAUGACACCCAGCCCUGGGGUGGGCCCUUCCGAGGCUGUCUCCAGGACAUGCAACUCAACGGCUUCCAGCUCCCGUUCUUCUCUUCGCCGAUGGAGAACUUAAGUUGGCCCAGUGAACUGGAUGCUGGUCAGGCCUCUAACCUCACCCAGGGCUGUGUCUCCGAAGACAUGUGCAACCCCAAUCCCUGUUUCAAUGGUGGAACCUGUCUUGUCACCUGGAAUGACUUCUACUGUACCUGCUCUGACAACUUCACAGGGCCCACCUGUGCCCAGCAGCUGUGGUGCCCCAGCCAGCCUUGCUUCCCACCUGCCACCUGUGAAGAGGUUCCAGAUGGCUUUGUGUGUGUGGCUGAGACUACAUUCCGCGAGGGCCCUCCUGCUGUGUUCAGCAGCCACAACGUGUCCUGGGCGCCAGCGCCGAGCGUACUCACCCUGGCCUUUCGCACCCGCGACCCCGAGGCUGUGCUGCUGCAUGUUACAGCGGGCAUCCACUCCGGUAUCUGGCUGGCGGUGCGCAAUGGCUCGCUGGCAGCGGAUGUGGUGGGCUCAGUGCUGCCUGUGCCCGGGCCGCGCGUGGCUGACGGCGCCUGGCACCGCGUGCGUCUGGCCCGGGAGCUUCCACUAGCCACCGCCUCGCGCUGGCUGCUGUGGCUGGACGGUGUGGCGACGCCUCUGGCAUUGCAGGGUCUGGGUGGCGACCUGGGCUUUCUGCAGGGCCCGGACGCUGUGCGCGUGCUGCUGGCUGAAAACUUCACAGGCUGCCUUGGCCGCGUGGCUCUUGGCGGCCUUCCCUUACCCUUGGUGCCGCCGCGGUCCGGCGCGAUCCUGGGAGCCCGCGAGCACUUCGUGGCCUGGCCCGGGUCGCCGACCAUGCGCCUCGGCUGCCGCGGUGCAUCCGUGUGCACGCCCUCGCCCUGCCUGCACGGUGGUGUCUGCCACGACCUCUUCGAUGUUUUUACCUGUGCCUGCGGCCCGGCCUGGGAGGGACCCCACUGUGAGGCCCGCGCCAACCCGUGUCGCUCGUCGCCCUGUGUCCGGGGCCAAUGCCAUGCGCACCCCAACGGCCGCUUUGAGUGCCGCUGCCCUCCGGGCUUUGUGGGCCCACGCUGCAGGAUGCCUGUUCUGCCUCACCCAUGUAGCCUCAACUCCACCUGCAAGGAGGGCACCCCUUGUGAGAGCGGUCCCCUAGGCACCAACUGCAGUUGCCAGGAAGGUCUUGUUAACCUGAGGUGUCAGAGUCCUGACCUACCUUGCGAAGCCAACCCUUGCUUGAAUGGGGGAACCUGCCGGGCAGCCAGUGGCAUAUUUGAGUGUACUUGCAAUGCAGGAUUCUCUGGCCAGUUCUGUGAGGUGGUGAAAAGCCUGCCUCUGCCCCUGCCAUUCCCGCUGCUGGAGGUAGCAGUGCCUGCAGCCUGUGCCUGCCUCCUCCUCCUCCUCCUGGGCCUCCUUUCAGGGAUCCUGGCUGCCAGAAAGCGCCGCCAGUCUGAGGGCACUUACAGCCCAAGUCAGCAGGAGGUGGCAGGAGCCCGUCUGGAGAUGGACAGUGUCUUCAAGGUGCCACCAGAGGAAAGACUUAUCUAGGCUGGCCUAGCUGCUGGUGCCAUUCCCUGACGGUCCUACAGGAUCAUUGCAGAAUCUCUGCCUGGAGCCCAAGGAGACUAUUUCCAGAGCUAGGACAUCCGUAGGACAUGCCCCCAUGGUUGGCAACCCUUCCCCUGCUCAUCGUGGAUCAGAAGAUGGGGAACAACUCAGGGAAGCAGAGGAGGGUAUGGGAGUAAGAAUGUGUCUGGCCUGCUGGAGAGUGUGACUGACAGAUGUGUGUGUGUUUUUCUGUCUGUCUGGGGGCAAGGAGGGGAGAGAGAGGACAGGAGUAGAGGAGGGAAGGAGAGAAAGGGAGAGAGAAAGAGAGAGAAUAUGAGAAUAUGUACAUGGGAUAUGUGGGUGUGUAGGUUGUAGUGCCAGGGCUUGUGGGAAUGCCCUAUGUGUCUCCAUGACUGUGGUGGGGCAAGGGAUUUCACAGGGGGAGUGGCUGCUUCAUGGCUGGGGACGACUUGGAUGCCUCUGAGACAGGAGAAGCCCAAGGCUGCAUAUACUCUUUAACACUGGCAGGCCAGAACUUGCCCAAGUAGACUUUGGUCUUGACAUCUUGUCCAACCUCCAAUGACAGCCCUUGUCCCAGAGAAGCUGGGAAAUGGGAGAUUCCUGGUUUCCAGAACCAAAGCCCUUUUGGGUAUAUCUGACUGAAUGCUGUGGCCAAUACCCCCAUGUCUGUAGGGCAGGUUUGCAGGAACCAAGAAAUCAAGGAUCCUGGACUGUUCUGCCUGCAGUGGGCAUCUGCAGGCGUGGAGCAACCUCUCUGCCUACCUCACAGGGCUGUCCUGAGGAUCCGAGGGACAAACAGGCAGAAAGUCCAGAAGCUGUUAAACUCCAUCUGAUGGAAAGGAGUGGCUGGAAAGUGUCUCACCUGCCUACAGUCAAGGGGGCUUCCUGGGACACUGGCAAGGAGGUCAGACGGCAGAAGAAUGGACGUGCUGUUCUCUGUCCCUGGCCCUUGCAGUUCUGCAGCUCCAUCGUCUGUGUAUGGCUGUGGAAAGCAUGCCAACAAAGGCCUCGGUUGUGUGCCCAGUGCUCGGCAGAUGGACAUCAGCAGCUACUGAACUGACCUCAGGCUGUGCAAUUACAUCUCGUGGAUACACAACUCCAGUGCACUUGACCUCUGACUCCAGCCCCCAAGGGCACUGGCUGCAGGUCUAGUUUCCUUUGAACUUCCCUCUGACUUGGAGAUGUGUCCUUUGUCACCCGUGCUUACUAGGCCAGUGCCUCCUGACAGGUUCCAUGUGACUUUUACACAGGAAGUUGCGUGUCUCAAGGUUGCAGUCACUUCCAGAAGGCACAGACUUGGGGGUACUGGGGGCUCAGUGUUUUGAGACCCUGGAUGCUUAGAGGCCUGCCUGGUCCUUGUCCUGUAGUGGUGGGACCAACUUGCCCCUAGCUGUCUCUGUCCCUUGGGAGAGGGGAGAGGAAAUGGGUUCCUGGGCGAACUGUUCAGUUGCCAGCUCCCAAGAUGAUUCCUAUGGAUCGCCAACAAGGGAACAUUCCCUUCACUUCAAAGUUGCCAGUGUGGGCUACACAAGGACCCCUUGGGGGCUAGAGGCUGCUCUUGCUGAGAUCUGGGGGAGGGGUGGAACUUAUUCCUUCCCAUCAUCUUGCCCACCUGCCCAUGUGCAGUUCUCUCCCUGAGAGGGAAGAGGCAAGUGGUUUGGAGCCCCAAGUGGGCAUGGGCUGGGAAAGAUGCCCAAGUGUCUGCUAAGGCUUUCUUUCCUUGAAGGACUCAGGACCACAGCCUUCCCAAGAUUUUCUUGAAGGCACAGUUCAUCACUAGGUUCGCAAAUGCUACCCAGUGAAUAGAUUAAAUGAGUAUGUGUACCAGCCCUCAAUGGACCAUAGGUGUGUGCUGCUACCCAGGCUGCCUGACACCUUGUCAUCCCACUGACCCACUGGGUUAGGACACUGCCUCAUCUUGGGCGGGACCUGGAAUUUGUUGGGAUGGAAGUGUUACUGAGACCUGUUUAGGAACACAAAUGCCAGGAGGGUCCCCAUGACCCAGGAGAGACUCAGCUCCCUAGCGGCUGAGGACCCCCACCCCAGACAGAGCCCUGGGGACCCCCAGUGACCCCACCUCCUUGUUCCCAUCAGAAACCCUGAGGUGGGUAGGCUGAUCAUUCACACACAGGAAAUGAGAAAUCAGGUCAAAUGUACACAAUUUCCUGCAUGUCCC